ACGGACCACCGCUCACCAUCGACCGUCGACAAUCGCAUCCCCUAGUUGCCAACCGCACAAUAUAUCCAUCUACGUUCUACACCAUAAUAUAAUAUAAUUAUUUUCUAUUAUACGUUGGCUGUUGACAACCGUUUAAAAUAUAUUACAAAUACACUUACAGACGCCGGCCGAGUAAAGUGCUAUAACACAAUAUCCUGACCAGAAAACCAAGACAGACACUACCACCAUGAUGGCCACCGGAGAUUCAAUGAAGUUCGCCGCUGCCCGAUUCGGUGGCGCAGGGGGUCUGCUGGACUGCAAUUUCUCUUCGUUGUACGUGGACGCGGUCUGGGCGAGAUUCCGGCGACAUCCAAGCGCAUUCGCUGGCGGCCAGGUAGAGGGCUACGCCCGAGCCGUGGCUUUGUCCAGGAACGUCCAGAAGCAAAUGGCUGUGAUCACGGCAACUACGCCAGGCGGAAAGCCCAAGAAACGGUACAUUUGCACGUAUUGCGACCGAGAGUUCAGCAAAUCGUACAACCUGCUCAUACACGUCAGGACUCACACGGAUGAACGUCCGUACCCAUGCGACGUCUGCGGCAAGGCAUUUCGCAGACAAGACCACCUCAGAGAUCAUAAAUAUGUUCACAUGAAGGAUAAACCGUUCUCUUGCGAAUCUUGUGGCAAAGGCUUCUGUCAAAUGCGCACGUUAAUUAGCCACCGGAAAAAUGCACAAUGUCAAUGGUAUCAAUAUCAACGGCAUCAAGCGAUGGCCACGCAGAUUUCUUCUGCCGGGACCUCUGAAACUGUUGCCGCUCCAGCGGCUGUCGUGGCGUCCCCUGAAACGGUACGAAACGUAAAUCUUACAGAUUUUAGUAUCAAAACCUUACUGGGAAUCAGUGAGGAUCAAUAGUAUAGUAGAUGGUAGUACCUAUAUGUAUAUAAUACACCUAAUCUACACCAGCUAAAAUAUAUAGUUGAUUUACCAUAUUUAUCGCUCUUUUUCAUACGGUGAAAUGUACAAAAAUAUCUACAUAAAUA